AUGGCCUUCUUGAGCUUCUUUGACAACUUUCGGCUCUUCUUCAGUGCACUGGCUUCUACAAUCGGCGCUGUCAGCCUCAUCUCCCGCCCAAAGAAGGCCAUGGUGCUGGUGAUGGCCAAGGUGCUGGUGAUAGCCUUGAGUUUGGCCACAAUAUCUGCGUUUUGGGCUGUCGUGUUGAUUUCCUAG